CACCAAGUAAAAUGGAGAGUAAGUUAGUCUCAUGAGGUCUCUUCUUAAAACUGGGCCAGAUCUCCCAAAUCCUCCCUUUCUAUGGUUACACAGACCAGUGAAAUAUCAUGAUGUCGACCUUGUCAAGUGAGACAAGGAAGAUCUGGCAUGAUUAUGAAGAUAUAUUCGUCAGCAAGUUUCUUAUCGAUAAUCGAAGGGAUCUUGACUUGUCUUGCCUAAUAUAUUCCGCAACAGAGAAGGACCAAGUUCUCUUGAAUAAAUCGAAAUACUCAAAUGUCUUGACCGUACUUAACAAGAUCUUUGAAGAUUACCCGAUGAAACUCUGAAACAGAUUAAAGUUCUGGCUGAAGUACUUCAAAAUUCCACCCAUGGAGUUCUCCCACGAUCUUUCAGAGUUGUCAAAAUUUCUGGAGUAUUUCCUUAAUCCUGAAAUCCAGGAGUUUUUAUUUGGGAGAAAUAAAGAUGAAUUCUCAAAACUCAUUUUUCGAAAAAUUUUGAUAAUUCAGCCAUAUCGAGAAAUGUCUGAAGAAGCACAUAAAAUCUGCAAAAUUCUGAAAGGUAUGAAAGGGGAGCAUGACUUAAGACUUGAAGACGAAAAUGGCUCGAUACUUUACUCUAUCAAUUACCCUGUAGAAGAACUGAACGAACUGGAGAAAGCAUGAAUCUUAGAGCCUGAUUUGGCCUUCUUAGAAGAAUACAAGAUCAAGCAUGUGACAACAACCUGGCGUAAAGACCCAUUCAAAGAUAGAAACAUUAUAAUUUAUGAUACUGAGUUUAAAUUGGCUAAUUGUGUGAGCAUCACCAAUGAAGAAUCUCUACAGUUCUCAAUAAGGACACUUGAGAAGUACUAUGGUAAUAAAGCCAUGGUUCAUCUCAAUUUUAUAUUGAGAGACUUCAGCUUACUCCCACAGCUCCUAGAUGGGAUCUGUCACAACUUCAAGUGGUUUAGUCUGCAACUGAAAAGUGUUGAGGCAAAGCGACAUUAUGCAGCAAAAUGUGAGAAAUGAGCGGUUAUCUCUUAUGAUACUGAUCUUGAUGAAAUAAGUAUUUACAUGGUUCCAGAAUUUACAAUUUCCUUUAGUGAUUUCCAUGUUGUAGACCCUCAGAACGAUAUGUUCAUGAUUCUGUCAAAUUUUAUCAACUUUCAGUCUAAAUAAGCUAGUGAAGCAAGAGAAAAGUAUUGAAAGCUGGCGGAAAUACCUUGCGCAAUUCGGGACAAAUUGUGUUGCAUUCCUCAAGAAGUCUGUUCGUGAGCUGACUCUUUAUGAUGAAAACACAGCGAUUAAUAUGAAGAGCUUACAGAACUGAAAUAUUUUCAUUAAAUCAUCAGAGCAAGAUAUCAGUACGUUUAACCAGAAUUUGUCUGAGUUGGAUUCCGGUGUUAAGAUCUCCAAAAUCGAUACCCAGUUUGUACUGAACGAGAAGGAUAGGUGGAGUAGACUUGAGAUAGGAAGUCUCUGCCACCUCUUCUCUAACACAGUGCGUGAACUGACUCUUACCAAGAAGACAGUGGGGAUACUUGCUGAGUUGAAGGCCAAGGACCUCUAUCUGCAUAAAUUGAGGAUCAAUUCUAACUGUAUACAAUAUUUGGACCUUCUUGCCCCUGAUACAGACGAUGGGCUACUCCAAAAAACCCCGAUGAUCGAUUACAUCUAUGUGGACAUCAUCUUUUACAACCUGACCGAGGAGGAGCUUAAUAUAUUGAAGAGGUUCACAUUUAGUAUCAUUGUGAUAAAGCUCAAAGAAAUCGAUAUUAACUACUAA